UAGAUCUCAAUCACAAAACGUUGGUCACUACUGGAAAAACAAACCAAAUCCUCUAUAGAAUUUGGUUCUUCUUCACCUUUCUCUUCAGAUCAGAUCUUCAACGCUCUCUCACCCGCCAUGGAUUUCAUGAAGGUCUUCGAUCAAACCGUUCGAGAAAUAAAGAGAGAGGUGAAUCUGAAGGUGCUCAAGGUUCCAGAAAUCGAACAAAAGGUGUUGGAUGCAACUGAUAAUGAACCUUGGGGUCCUCAUGGUUCUGCUCUGGCAGAGAUUGCGCAGGCGACCAAAAAAUUUACUGAAUGCCAACUGGUCAUGAACGUUCUUUGGACGAGACUGAGUGAAACUGGAAAGGAUUGGCGAUAUGUAUACAAGGCAUUAGCUGUUAUAGAGUAUUUGGUAGGACAUGGAGCUGAACGUGCAGUUGAUGACAUUAUAGAACAUACUUUUCAGAUCUCAGCACUUUCUAGUUUUGAAUAUGUUGAGCCUAGUGGGAAGGAUGUGGGACUCAAUGUCAGGAAGAAGGCAGAAAACAUCGUGGCCCUUUUGAAUGAUAGAGAUAAGAUACACGACGUCAGAAAUAAAGCUGCUGCAAAUCGUGAUAAGUACGUUGGAGUUUCUUCUAGUGGAAUCACGCACAAGGCUACGUCAGCCUCUUACAGUAGUGGCAGCUACCAGAGCAGUAGUAAAUAUGGAGGCUUUGGUUCAAAGGAUAGUGACAGGUUUAGUGAUAGCUAUAAAGACAAGGGUUACAAUGAAGAAGAAAAAGUGGAGAAAGAUUACUCUGGAAAGUCACGCCAUGGCACUGCAAAUGAUAAUCAAGAGAACUCUUAUAAGAAGGGUUCUGCACGGUCUCUCAGCAAAAGUCAGGACAAAAUGCCAUCUAGAGUAUCAAAGUCAUCUACUAAUGCAAACAGUUCAGUUCCUUCUCAAAGUUCAGGUGUACCUGUAAACAGUACUGAGGAUGAUUUUGACGAUUUUGAUCCGAGAGGAACAUCAACUAAGGCUUCAUCUGGAAGCUCAAAUCAGGUUGAUCUCUUUGGGCAAGAUUUAAUUGGUGACCUCAUGGAUGCCCCAGCAUCUGUUUCUGUAGAAAAUCCAGCAACUAGUGAUGUGUCAGAGGUCGAUCUCUUUGCAGAUGCAUCAUUUGUAUCAGCGGAGCCUCAUGCGGACAAAGGAGCUAGUUCUCAACCACAGGAUAAAGUGGAUCUAUUUUCUUCACAGCCUGCCAUUCCUACAGUUACACCCACAGUUGACUUGUUUUCCAUUCCUGAACCAGUUGUGCAGCCUGACAACAAGUCAGAAAACUAUGUUCCUGUGAAUAAUAGCACUUUCGAUCCCUUCGCUGCUGUUCCUCUUAACACAUUUGAUGGAUCAGAUGUUUUUGGUGAAUUUUCUUCACAGUCUGAUUCUGUAUCUUCACAGCCCUCAAAUAAUGUUGUCAGCGAUGGCAGCCAUGAUAAUAUGAAUGGGAAGUCUUUAGCAGACUCCAAAGUUUCACCUAAAAAGGAUGCCUUCCAGGUGAAGUCUGGCAUUUGGGCUGAAUCACUAAGCCGUGGAUUGAUUGAUCUCAAUAUAUCUGCGCCCAAAAAAGUAUCCCUUGCGGAUGUUGGAAUUGUGGGGGGAUUGAGUGAUGGAUUUGAUGAAAAGGAGAAAGGCACUCCCCCACCUUCAUUUUACAUGGGGAGAGCUAUGGGUUCAGGAUCUGGUCUUGGUAUGUCUGGAGUCCCUUCUUCACAGCCUGGAACUGGAGAUGACAUAUUCUCAAAUUGGGGUGGCCAUCAAUUUGGUGGGUUCCAAAAAUAAAAAUCUAGAUUCUAUACUCGUCCUAUCACAUUUUCACUCAUUCAUUGUGUGUCGGCAUUCUCCAGACUGUUGUUGAGCUAUUUGGCAUGAUGGAUUUGAUUUUGUUAAUAUAUAUUUCUCACUAUUGUGAUUAUAUUAUUUUAAAUAUAAGUUACUAUUAUUGCGGAUAAGCGCUAGUGUAUCAUGUGUUUCAAUGUUUAUAUAUCAUUUGAGCUAAUACAUUCAUCUCAAUCCACUAGUUGAGUUUCAUUCA